GCUUAAAAACUCGUUCAAAAGUCAUUCCAAACAUGGCCGAAAUUACAUGUUCAGUGUUCAGAGCUUCAAAUGAGAGAUAUAUGACAAAGAGGAGAAUGUUUGCUAUACAUAUUUCACCAUCCUUGAGAAGAUGCUUCCUGUCUUGAGUGAUUUUGUUUUAACUUCUGACUAAUUUAACAACUGUUGCUUGUGGUAUGCAAUUUUACUGCGUCUGUAGUUAGCACUUCUGUUUCCUUUCAACAUUAAAAUUCUUGUACUCUCCAUUAGUGUUUGCACAGAAUUGUAAGGUAAGUGCUAAAGAACCCAAAGACUCUAAAUGGAGAGCUAUAUUCUUAUUACAACCUAUGUAUGGUAUGUGCAUGGAAUAUUACUACAAAUGAUUGUGAAAUGAAAUCUGGCCAUUUUUUAUGAAAAUUUCACUAAACCUCGGGAUGCUUCUAUCUUCAAGCCUCAGAUUCUUAAGCUCAAAAUCUAGUCUAUAUGCAUUGCUUUCAAUUUCUUGCGCUUCUAUAUAAACCUCUGGAUCCUAACCAAUAUGUAAAACUCAUCACUACUCUAUAAUAAUCUUCCUACCCUCUUGUGUUCUUUAAGAUGGAAAGAAAUCAAUUGUUGAGGCAGAUGAACAGCAUGAGACAAUCAUUCUUUGAUCAGGGGUUCCUUGAUGAACAAUUUGUCCAGUUGGAAGAGCUGCAAGAUGAAGCUAACCCAAAUUUUGUCGAGGAAGUUGUAACUCUAUGCUACCGUGAUUCAUAUAGAUUAAUCCUCAACUUAGAACAAGCAUUACAGAAGAGCCCUCUUGACUUUAAUCAAUUAGAUCGCUAUAUGCAGCAGUUCAUGGGAAGUAGUUCAAGCAUUGGAGCAAAAAAGGUGAACGCUCAAUGUACACUUUUUAGGGAAUACAUUAAGGCUGGAAGUGGAGAAGGAUGCUUGAGGACUUUUCAUCAACUGAAGAAAGAACAUACAACUCUGGAAAAGAAGUUUGAAGCUUAUUUUCAGAUCAAAAGGCAAGCUGGUCCAAGUCAAAUUGCGAGUCGUCCCAAGUAAGAAAUGAUAGAGAAUCAAAGGCUGAGACUUCAAAGUUUAGCUGUUAAUUAAGUUGGGUAGAAUGUUUAUGAAAAUCAAGCAGAUUCAGUGGGAAUUGAGACCUUGGGAUGUAUAUACAUCUCAAUUUCAAAGCUGUCUUAACUUUCUUGGUCAAAUGGGAAGUAAGCAGGUGUUUGCCUUCUUGUAAAUGGCUGUCCAAUAGACUGAAAAAUGGUCCUUGAUGUGAUCAAUUGCAUAGAAUCGAAGUGUUUAAUUUUGAUUAUAGUGUAA